AGAAGGAGGAGGAGGAGAAGAAGAAGGAGGGUGUUUCAGGGGGAAACUGCCUGCCUGCUUGACGGACUGACUGACUGACUGUUCGGUCGUUUUUUUUGUUGUUCCUCUGGAGAGUCGUGUUUGAACGGUGAGCAGGAACAUAAACACACCGCCAGGAAGAAAACAGUCAGGGGAAAAAAAAAAACGGCGAAUAUCAACAACGGAAAUAAGAGCGAGGUUCGUCCGCAGUGUGGAGAAGGAGAAAGCAGCCGAAGGGGAGCUAUUGUGUUCGGGGUCCGUGGAGGGCUCCGACUGGGGGAUUCAGCCGGGAGGGGGGGGGGACGAAGAGCUGCUAGGACGCCGAAGGAAGGAGCCUGAGAGUCGGACACGCUUCCAGGCUCGCCGCCGUGGCGAUUUAACUAUUCACAAGAAUAACGUUAAAGCCGCGGGGAGCCUGAGUGAAUGGGAUGGAGCCGGGACCAUCUGGAGCUGUGCCCAUGGGGCCGUACCCCCCGCCCCUGCAGCAGGUCUUCCAGGCUCCCCGGAGGCCGGGCAUGGGCACCGUUGGGAAGCCCAUCAAGCUGCUGGCCAACUACUUUGAGGUGGAGAUCCCCAAGAUGGACGUCUACCACUAUGAGGUGGACAUCAAACCCGAUAAGUGCCCUCGUCGAGUCAACAGGGAAGUCGUGGAGUACAUGGUACAGCAUUUCAAACCACAGCUCUUCGGCGACCGCAAGCCGGUAUACGACGGCAAGAAGAACAUCUACACAGUCCUGGCUCUUCCUAUAGGGAGCGAGAAGGUGGACUUCGAGGUGACCAUUCCAGGUGAGGGGAAGGACCGGAUCUUUAAGGUAUCCAUCCGCUGGCUGGCGAAGGUGUCAUGGCGGCUGCUGCAGGAGACGCUGGUGAGCGGGCGGCUCCAGGUCCCGCUGGAUUCAGUCCAGGCUCUGGACGUGGCCAUGAGACACCUGGCAUCCAUGAGGUACACUCCAGUGGGCCGCUCCUUCUUCUCCCCCCCUGAAGGGUACUACCAUCCCCUGGGAGGAGGAAGAGAGGUCUGGUUCGGCUUCCAUCAGUCCGUACGGCCGGCUAUGUGGAAGAUGAUGCUCAACAUUGACGUGUCAGCCACCGCUUUCUACAAAGCCCAGCCUGUCAUCGAGUUCAUGUGUGAGGUCCUGGACAUCCGCAACAUUGACGAGCAGCCCAAGACCUUAACCGAUUCCCAAAGGGUUCGCUUCACCAAGGAAAUCAAAGGCCUGAAGGUGGAGGUGACACACUGCGGUCAGAUGAAGAGGAAGUAUCGAGUGUGUAACGUCACGCGCCGUCCCGCCAGUCACCAGACGUUCCCGCUGCAGCUGGAGAGCGGGCAGACGGUGGAGUGUACAGUGGCGCAGUAUUUUAAACAGAAGUACAACCUGCAGCUGAAGUACCCUCACCUGCCGUGUCUGCAGGUGGGCCAGGAGCAGAAACACACCUACCUGCCCCUGGAGGUGUGUAACAUCGUAGCAGGGCAGCGAUGCAUCAAGAAACUGACCGAUAAUCAGACGUCCACCAUGAUCAAAGCCACAGCGCGCUCAGCACCGGACCGACAGGAGGAGAUCAGCAGACUGAUGAAGAACGCUAAUUUUAAUCUGGACCCCUACAUCCAAGAGUUUGGGAUCAAGGUGCGGGACGACAUGGCGGAGGUGACGGGCCGGGUCCUCCCAGCUCCCAUCCUGCAGUACGGAGGCAGGAACCGAGCUAUCGCUACACCCAACCAGGGAGUGUGGGACAUGCGGGGGAAACAGUUCUACAACGGCAUCGAGAUCAAAGUGUGGGCCAUCGCCUGCUUCGCCCCGCAGAAACAGUGUCGUGAAGAGGUGCUCAAGAACUUCACAGAUCAGCUGCGCAAGAUCUCGAAGGACGCCGGGAUGCCCAUCCAGGGCCAGCCGUGUUUCUGUAAGUACGCGCAGGGAGCCGACAGCGUGGAGCCCAUGUUCAGACACCUUAAGAACACCUACUCCGGCCUGCAGCUCAUCAUCGUCAUCCUGCCUGGGAAAACUCCUGUCUAUGCGGAGGUGAAGCGUGUAGGAGACACUCUUCUAGGAAUGGCCACUCAGUGUGUGCAGGUGAAGAACGUGGUGAAGACGUCACCGCAGACGCUCUCCAACCUCUGCCUCAAGAUCAAUGUCAAACUCGGCGGCAUCAACAACAUCCUGGUACCACAUCAACGGUCCGCAGUGUUCCAGCAGCCCGUCAUCUUCCUGGGUGCAGACGUCACACACCCACCAGCCGGAGACGGGAAAAAGCCGUCCAUUACCGCAGUAGUGGGCAGUAUGGACGCCCACCCCAGUCGAUACUGUGCCACAGUGCGGGUGCAGAGGCCACGACAGGAGAUCAUCGAAGAUCUCUCCUACAUGGUGCGUGAGCUCCUCAUCCAGUUCUACAAGUCCACCCGCUUCAAGCCUACCCGGAUCAUCUUCUACAGGGACGGAGUUCCUGAAGGGCAGCUACCACAGAUCCUGCACUAUGAGCUGCUGGCCAUCCGAGACGCCUGCAUCAAGCUGGAGAAGGAUUACCAGCCCGGCAUCACCUACAUCGUGGUGCAGAAGCGCCACCACACCCGGCUGUUCUGUGCCGACAAGUCAGAGAGGAUUGGGAAAAGUGGCAACAUUCCAGCAGGAACAACAGUCGACACCAGCAUCACACACCCCUUCGAGUUUGAUUUCUACCUGUGCAGUCAUGCAGGAAUUCAGGGCACCAGCCGACCAUCACAUUACUACGUGCUGUGGGAUGACAAUCGCUUCACCGCUGACGAGCUCCAGAUUCUCACCUACCAGCUAUGCCAUACGUACGUGCGCUGCACGCGUUCCGUCUCCAUCCCCGCACCUGCCUACUAUGCCCGGCUCGUGGCCUUCCGCGCACGCUAUCACCUGGUGGACAAAGAACAUGACAGUGGCGAGGGAAGCCACGUCUCAGGUCAGAGUAACGGCCGGGAUCCCCAGGCUCUGGCCAAAGCAGUGCAGAUUCACCAUGACACCCUGAGGACCAUGUACUUCGCCUGAGAGCCUCACCUUGUGCUGAUGUUGAGGGGGCCCGAAGAGCCUCGUCGCCUCCCUGCGCUCGAGCCAGUACACACUACAAAUCCCACGCACCUCAACAGAACUAACACAGUGUCAUGCCCUCAUCUGGCAGGCCUGAGCCUCGUUUACCUUGUUUUUUUUUGUUGUUGUUUUUUUAAAAAGUGUAUUGUUGUUUACUACCUUCACACCGUGUAUGUUUGUUCGUAUGCAAUACGGAGGAGAAGCAAAGGCACAACCCACCCGAAGAUUCGACUGCCACUACGACGUUUCGUCGCGCAUCAGUGUUCAGCGGAGAAAACAAGCGUCGACACCUUUGUGUUGUUUUAAUUCUUGCUCUAUGAACACUUUUUUAUUGUGUUUUUAUUUUUGAACAGCCUUGAAUGAAAGAUUUUAGCACUUAGAGUUAGCUUUUAGACACCGUGAGCUAGGCGGUUACGUCUUUGUCUCUGUACUUCGGACCGUAGCACGCCGUGGAUGCUGGAGACGCAUCAUUGUGCUCAGCGCUCUCGAGUGUAGCCGAUCUUAUUUAGACAUGCCUCCGUAGUCAGGGGUAGCACUAGCAUAACAAUAGAUAGACUGCGUUUAUAUGGAAGUCCAAAGGGGUCAUACAUGUUUUUUUUUUUUUUUUUUUUUUUUUCCUGUCCCAUGUUCUUCCUUACCUUUUUUCAAUCAUAUAGGCAGCUUAAGCUCCACUGCAUGCCACAUAGAUAAGGCUUGACAUAAGGCUGAAGUGGUAGCUAUAGAGUUAAAGGAGUAGUUCUACUCAAAUCAAAUGUACACAAUUUCCUCCAGAGCUCAAAUGUAGUCAAAAUAUGUUUGAUGUCUGAAGUUUGCUUUUUUAGUUUUGCACUGAUGCUUUGUGGCUAAUGUAGGUAAAAAAAAUAAGGAAAGCUUGUCCACUUUAGCAUUGUGCAAACUGCAUGUCUAGAUCACAAAUGGACAAAAGGGCAUCACAGAGUUAAAAAAAAAAAAUACAAAACAAAACAAUAAGAACGGGAUCAGCAUGCAAUUUGAUGUCAGUCUGCAUAAGAGUCAGACUCAGGUAGGAGGUGUGGCUUAAACUUUAAAUGUUAGAAGUGAUAACCUUGUAGGGCCAGUGCAAAACUAAAGAAGCAAGCUUCUAAACAUGUCUUGGCUCAUUUGGCGAUAUUUGGCGUACAUUUUAUUUUUGGACGUGCUGGGUUACAUGUUCACAUGUUCUCCCUGUGUCCAUAUGGGUUUCUGUCUGGUUCUCGGUUUCCUCACACCUUCCAAAAACAUGCCAGGAGGUUGAUUGGGUACUCUAAAUUGCGCCUUGGUCUGUGAUAGCCUGGUGUAACAUCCAGGGUGUAUUCUUGCCUCACACCCAGUGUUCCCAGGAUAGACUCCGGAUCCACUGAACUAGGAUAAAGCAGUUACUGAAGAUGAAUGAAUGUUUCUUAAACGUUAGCUGGCUAGUAUUAUUUCUGGGUGCUAGCCAGUUCCCUAUUUCAGUUUCUUCUUAUAAGAAAAAGUUGAAAUCUUACAAGUAUUACAAGUCAGAAAAAAAAAACAUAUGGCCUCUAUGGACUUCCAUACAUUUAAGAUAAGUUACUUCUAUGUGUGCAACACGGAAACCAGCAUUCUGAACCAGCCAAAUGUGAUGCCAACCAUUCAAAGAGGCACUUAUCUUUUGGAAACGUGCAUCUGUUUCAGACAGACUGUCUGUAUGUGAGGAAACUGACCGUGCAGCAUUCUGGCACUCUGUAGAUAAAUAAUGGAGACACAAGAUUACACACAAAUCUUUCCUUCCUAUUCCACAAGAGCCUUCCAGCAUCUCUAAACUGGUCUGUACACAAAGCAAUACAAGGUCUUUUCACAGCCGUCGUGAGCACUCUCUGCUCACGCUGCACAUUCCACACUCCGAGAAGGACGUGACACACUUCCCCUCCCGCCUUCUCUCAUUCUCACACUAACUCAAAGGACACAGGAACAUUUUUUUUUUUUUUUUUUUUUUUGUAAGUACCCACCGUGUAGCUACCCACCACCUUCUCCUUCUCCUACGUAGAAAUGCGAAAGCUCUGCCGUCGGGUCAGGUCAUGCACAACCCACCCGUCUUCUCCAACAUCCCACACACACACACACACACACACACACACACACACACAGAGCCUUAGGAUUACAAAGCCCAAGUCGCAUCCUCCCACGUAGCAGCCAUGGUACACACACACACACACACACACACACCACACACCUACAUAUCUGCCUGGAUUUCUGCCAGAUGUGUACCAUGUACACAGGAAUUGAUGAAACGGAAGUUUCAUGUUUUUUUUUUUUUUUUUUUUCCUUUACCCAUUCAUGUCAGUGUGGUUUCAUGUAUUGCAUGUUUAAAUUGUGACUGGAUCCUCAGUAACCAUGCUCUGUUUGUUUCUAUGACGUAAAUUGUUCUUAAUAAUUGUAACUGCACUUGUUGCCCCUUGGUUUCCACCAAGGGGUCGCUGUAAGGGGGGGUGUCUUCACUUUCACUUAUUUUAGCCUCAAAACCACCUCAAAACAAAAUGUAACGUCACACACAUAUGGUCCAUUGAAAAUUUCAAAGGGAUCUUGGUAUGUAACGGUUAAAUAGGUUUACUUUUUGAGAUGAGUAUUAUGUUUCAGCCAACAUCAACUCGAAAUGUAUUUAUAACUUGAUAUGGCCUCUGAUGGUUGGGCCUAUAGAAUUGAGAGAGCUCUGAUCUGAUCUGAUCUGAUCCAGCAGUUUUAUAUCAUGAUGCAGUACUUAACUCACUUAAGUCAAAGGAGCCUCAAGUGGGGGGAAAAGCCCCUUAGACCCAAAGAGAAGGAAGUGGAUAUCUAACUUGACUCAGCCUCACUGUAAAAGCAAUACAAAGCCACUGCAAAAGAACGGCCCUUAUCUUAGCACUUCCCAAUAGGCUGAUUUGGAAGUACAUGUGAACAAAGUUAUUUUGGCUCUGUAUGUAAUAGUGUUGGGGAGGGUUAUUUUUUAAAAGGAAAUAAAAGUUG